AUGAAUGUUUUUUGUUUUGAAAUUAGAGAUAAGAUGUUAUGUGUAGUCGCGUGGAUGUUUUUAGUGCAAAUCUGUGUUACUGGGUUAUUUGGGAUGACCAAGGCCGCCGAAGGAGAAGUAUUGGGUGCCAGAAAAGCUUAUGCGCGAAUUGAAGAGCUUAGUGAGUGGGACCAAGUUAUCAACCAUUCGAAUUGCUUAACAAUCAAAACAGCCAGUGCUAAGAUGCAAAGUGCAAGCAUACUGAACAAGAGCGAGACCAAGAACUAUCGUUUGAUUUAUCUGCAACUUGUGGAAAAGCGGCCCCCUGCUACAUUAGAAAACGAUAUUAAGAAGACCAUUGAUAUGUAUUUUUCAGAUUCAAAAUUAUCGUGUUCUGUUGGAUUGAUAGUUGAAUGGCGCGAUAAUCUGAACGAGAAGAAUAUGACCCUCGAAGAAAGCAACGAGUUGUUUCAAAAGGCCCAUCUAUUUGCUAAUAAUUCUUUCCUAUUGGGUAUCAAUCCCGCCGUGACCGGCAUGAAAAAUGAUAACCUGCAAGACGCCAAACAUUUUGCCCAUAAUCAACUCGGCACAUCUUACCAGAAGUUUCAAGAGAUAUACUGGUUGAUAGAGAAAGUCAACAGCGAAGUUAAAAAAGCUAACUUCAACCAUCUCUCUGAGCUGAUUCAUUCCCAAACCCUAAUUCUUGCUAUAGUAGUGUUGAAUCAAAGUAUAUUCGAAAUUGAUUUAUGCAGUAUCAAUCCCAAGAUCAUCCAGGGCAAAGCUCUGCAAUUAGAUAAGCUGGUGAUAUACACGCCGCAUGCGACAGUAGAUCCUUUCUUAAUGAAACGCGCUAAGAUUAAAACUCUUGUGAUUCAUUCAAACAUGUGGACAGAGUCACUGCGUAGCAUCUUUAAAACACACAACUUCUGCCUAGGAAAGAGCCAGAUGCAAAUUGGGUUUAAAGAGCCGAGUAACAACAAGGUCAUGGUGGUAAUGGAUGUUACCAUCAAGAAUUGGAAGAUCAAGGCUUUCAGCAUAAAUGUGGAGCCAACUGAACCUCAAGACUCAAUUGAAUUGCCGUCGGCGGAUAGCUACUGGACGUCAAUAGCCCUGCCGGCCAUAAUGCAUCUCAACACAAUUCUAGGGCUGGAUUGGGCUACAAUGCGCAAUGGACAGAUUUAUGCCCAUUAUAACCAUGGCAAGCAGCAGAUGGAGUUACAGGAGUUUUUGAAUUCCCCUGAGGUUAAACUGCUCAAAAAAGAAGAGUUGAUGUUUGAAGCCGGACAAAAUGUUAGUAAACAUUUGAAUGACGCGAUUAAGAAGAGAUCCGAUCUACCAGCGGCGAUAAAAUGCUUUCAGUCGAAUUUUGGGUCUUUCAAGAACCAAAGAAAUUCAAUGCCUCACAGCACACCACUUUUUGCUAGUAACUUGAAAGCCUAUCAAAAAGCUCUUAUCGACCUAAGCAAGCAUUUUGAUUUUGAUCCAUCGGUUCGACCGGCAAUACUAACCCAAUAUGAAGUAGAGCAUUUUCACCUGUUAGAAAGGGCACUUGUAUGCGCUCAAGAGGAAACCGACGACAUGGUCAGACUCCUUGAGUCCCUAUAUCCAAGCAACACAGCUAUCGAUUGUGCCCCAGGGGAGGAUAACGACCUCUCAUCCAAACAUACUCAACAAGAGACAAAUCCUCAUUCAGGUUAG